GCGGGGCUUGGGGGCUGCCUGUCCGCGGAUUGGCUGGGGGAGGGGGGAGACCCCCCAAAUUCUGCCGGGAAGGAGAGGGGCUAACCUGCGCUUGUGGCGGGACGACGGCACUGCAGGGACCCCCGCGCCAUUAGGAUGCGCCUGGGGCAGCCGUACCCCCUCCCCCCUUUCACGCGUUUGCACCCAGGCGGCUGCGGCGGGGCCUCUCUGAUACGAGUUGUGCCGGUCUCAGCCCGGCUGAGGGCUGCGGAGCACAAGCCCCCUUUGGGUGGCUGGAGAAGGGCCAAGCGCACUCUUCCGUGGCUGCUCUGGACCAACAAACAUCCCCAAAUCUGCUGCCCUCAUCGCAGGUGUUUUGGGAUCAUCACUGGAGAGCGCUGGGGGUCUCGGUGCUGCGUGGCCAGCGGAAAGCGGGAUGGAGGAUGGGAGGGGGAGGAUGUGGGGGGACCCCAACACCUUGCUGGAGUUCGGGAUGUGGGACUGCAGGCACCUCACUUGCAGUUUAUAUUCGGCAUGCAGAGAUUGCUUGGGUUUCAUUUGGGGAUGGAAUACGGACACUGCAUCCAUCAGGUUUGGGGCGGUGAUUUGGGGACCGUCACAUCAUCGUCGGGAUCAGGAUCUGGGGGACUGCCUGAAUGCUGAUGGGAGUGGGGACAUGGACUCUAGACUUGAGCACAGGAACAGAAGAUGGGGACCCUCACAUCACCCGUGCGGUCAGGAUGCUGGAACCCUAAUGUUGGGGUUGGGACCAUUUUAUUUGGGCCGGGACCUGGGGACAUCUGCAUUGGCGCCAGGACGUGGGGAGCUCCGGGCAGGCACCGCAGCACCUCCCCAGGGCUCAGCGGGCUGGAAACAGGAGACAGUGGGGGCAGGUUGUGUCUGUUCCCUCCCUUCUCACAGGGACAGUGACCGGGGACCGGACCCAGGGUCCCCGUGCUUGCUCCAUCACCCUGAAGGGCUCCGGAUAACUCAGAUGUGGCAUCGGAGUUGCUUAACUCCGUUCUGAUCCAGCCUUCAGCGCCAAACAACCCGCUGCCAUGAAGAAGAAGCCGGGCAAUGGGCGGGGGCCGGACCUUGCGGCCCCCCAGCAGCGAGCCCGGUCUGUCACCAAGCCAGCGGAGUACGUGGGAUCCUUCAUGGUGGAGGAGUUGGACCUACAGCAGAGAGCGGGGUGGUUGGAGGAGCAGCUGCGGGCGCUGAAGGUCGGGAUCUACCACUGCUCCUCUCGCUGGGAAACACAGGGGACCUCAAGUAAUCGGGGCACCCGACUGGGGGCAGAGACCAGACCCCCAGUGCCACAUCUCCCCCGGACAGGACUGUCCCAGGAGGAGACGCUGCUGAUGGCACACGCGCUGCGCCGCAUCCUGUACAGCACUUGGAGGCUCCCUGACCGCCAGUUCGCCUUCGUGGCCCGCAACCCCCACAGCCCCCCCAGCAGCCUCUUCGGCCACCUCUUCGUGGGGCUCCCUGGAGAGGUCCAGACCCUGCACCUCCUUCUCUGCCGCUCCUUCCAACUCGGCUACCUCCUAGCGCACCCCGAGGAGCAGGCGGGGGAGGGGGAGCUCCCGGGGCCGGGGGUGCUGCGGGAGCCCCUCAACCCCGAGGAGGUGUCACGAAAUGUCAACGCCCUCGUGUCCUUCCGGCGCCUGCCCGCGCCCGGCGGCCUCGGCCCGCUGGGCACCGCGGACGGGCGGCCGGAGGCAGAGGGCAGAGCCUGGCGUCCAGGGAAUCCCUACUGCUCUCCGGUGUUGGUGCGCAAGAAAGCCAUUCGGAGCAAGGUGCUGCGCUCGGGAGCCUACCGGGACUGCGGGGGCGAGGGGCAGCUCCACCAGCAGCCCCGCGACGCUGCGGCGGCAGGAGGGGAAAGUAAAGGGGCGAGAAGCUUGGCCUUCCUGCCCGAAAACGAGUGCGUCCUCGCCGAGAGCGUGUGGGCCUUCGCCGGCAUCGCCAGGGCCGCCGGGGUCGCGCUGCUGCGGCGGGACGUGCCGGGCGCUUUCCUGCUGCGCCCCGAGCCCGGGCUGCCCAAGCGCUGGUGCCUGUGGGUGCGGGCGCCCUGCGGCGUCGUGUCCUACUGCGUGGUCAGGACACACCAGGGCAGGUUCUGCGUGGAGCACUCCAACGCCGAGUUCGCCAGCGUGGCUGCCCUCCUGGCCUACUACUCCGGGCCACCGGGUGGCUGCUUCUGCCGCCUGGGCCCCGGUCGAUGCAACCCCGGCUACGACGAGCGGGACCCUGGCAGCGGGGCCAGCGCCAGCGCCGGGGCAGGGGAGGCCGCCUGUGCCCCCGCCGCCCCCAUCGGGGCACAGCACGAGCGGGGGUAGGCCCGGCCCUUCCCCGUGCACGGCUGUCCCCCGACAUCCCCCAGCUUUAACUCGCUGCCGCCUGCCUUAUCCCCCUGCCCGGGCUCUCCGACGCCUCCCGCAAUAAAGCUCUCGUGCAUCCGGA